AUGACAAGACCCUUCUUCAAACUCUAACGAUUGUGGGCAACGCGUAGAAAACUAGCUUCUCAUGAUCUCAUCCGUCAACAAUGGCUGAAAAUCCCCUGCAGCAUCUCUUCCAAGCGUUUGGCAAAGUCUCAGAGUGUGUUCAAACUCAUCUUUCCCAUUUCAUUCUCCGCCCCAAUCAACCUUCAACUUUGCUCAACAAAAAUGACCACUCUUCACUGUACAUCUCCCAAAACUCGACCACGGAUUCUCAUCUUCUCCAACCUGCUGAAAAUCUCAAAAAGGGAAAAUCUUCUGGUCCAGUGACUAAAGAAGAACUUGGAAGAGCCACCUGGACUUUUCUUCACACUCUUGCUGCUCAGUAUCCAGAUAAGCCAACUAGACAGCAAAAGAAGGAUGUAAAAGCGCUGAUGGCAAUAUUAUCUCGAAUGUACCCGUGUAAGGAAUGUGCAGAUCACUUCAAAGAAGUUCUCAGAGCGAAUCCUGUACAGGCUGGAUCUCAUGAAGAAUUUUCACAAUGGUUAUGUCACGCACACAAUGUAGUUAACCGAAGCUUGGGAAAGCUAGUAUUUCCAUGCGAACGGGUUGAUGCUCGGUGGGGCAAGCUAGAGUGCGAGCAGCGUGAAUGUGAUCUACUAGGGACUUCGACAUAUUUUGGCAAGGGAACAUGAUGAAGCUAGCACUUGAGAAUCGAGAGCAAAGAAAAUUACGUAUUACAGAAUAGAUAUAUACAAACCACUUCAGAAGAACCAGUGGCAUCCUCAAAUAACAUUGGUUUUCCAUUGAUGUUUCGGGUGGUGUGAAGUGUUAUUUGUUGCUAUCAUCCUCCUAAGCGAAGUCUCGUUUUAAUUUUUUAUUAUUAUUUUGGUGAGGGUUUCCCAUUGGAAAGCCCCCUGGCUCUUGAGGAAAUAUACUACAGACAAGCUAAUUGUUGGUUGGGUUCUGUAUAACCAAUCUUCUAUUGCAAACUUUUAAUUGUAUCAAAUAAUGAAUAUUUCUACUGAUUU